GGUCACCCUUGAGCCGCGUCUGCACUUUCCCAAGAGCCGCAGAAAAUGAGCAGAUCAAAGGGCCCACUGUCGUUCAAGGAUGUGGCGGUGGCCUUCACCCAGGAGGAGUGGCAGCAGCUGGACUCUGAGGAGAAGACGACGUACAGGGACGUGAUGCUGGAGAACUACAGCAACCUCGUCUCCGUGGGGUACGACGUCACCAAGCCAAACGUGAUCAUUAAGUUGGAGCAGGGAGAAGAACCGUGGACGGUGGAAGGCGACCGCCAUUCUCAGAGCCACGUGGAAAUAAGUAAAGUUGACGACCCCGCAGAAAGAACCCAAGAAAAUGAAGAGAAUCAUCUGAGGCACGCUGACGGUCUCAACAGCCGAAGAGCCGAGAAGAGGGGUGCACUCGAUAAAGCUUACAACCUAGAGCCAGACCUGAGGUGUUCAGGCGCUCACAGCUGUGUCUGCUGUGGGACGACUUUGGAAUCUGUUUCAGAGUUAAUUAGCAGCGAUGGGAGCUAUGCACCAGAGCCCAGCAAGUGUGCGGAGUGUGGGGAAGCAUACAGAGAGAAACCCGACGACCUUAGUCAAAGUGGGGGCACGUCCCCUCAGCAUGAGGAGGGUAUUCUGCAGCAAGUCGCCAUCUUGGAGAAGCCCUUUGAUUAUGAGUGCGUGGACGCCUUAGACAGUGGUGAGUGUGUCUUCAUGGCUCACGAGAGAGUUUCUAUCGGGGAGAAGCCCUACGGAUGGCGUGGCCCCGGAGCCGACUUCAUCCCGAUGUCAGACUUCAGUGCGUAUCCGAGCUCACAAGUGGAGAUGAGGCCCUUCGAGUGUGCGCAGUGUGGGAAGUCCUUCUGUAAAAAGUCCAAGUUCAUCAUCCACCAGAGAGCGCACACGGGAGAGAAGCCCUACGCGUGCAACGUGUGUGGAAAGUCCUUCAGCCAAAAGGGGACCCUCACUGUGCAUCGGAGGUCGCACUUGGAGGAGAAACCCUACAAGUGCAGCGAGUGCGGGAAAACCUUCUGCCAGAAGUUACACCUCACGCAGCACCUGAGGACCCACUCGGGGGAGAAGCCCUACGAGUGCAGCGAGUGCGGGAAGACCUUCUGCCAAAAGACGCACCUCACGCUGCACCAGCGAAACCAUUCGGGGGAGAGGCCCUAUCCGUGCAGCGAGUGUGGGAAAUCCUUCUCCCGCAGGUCGGCCCUCAGCGACCAUCAGCGAACACACUCGGGGGAGAAGCUUUAUAAGUGCAGUGAGUGUGGGAAAUCCUACUACCGGAAGUCCACCCUCAUUACACACCAGAGGACGCACACGGGGGAGAAGCCCUACGAGUGCAGCGAGUGCGGGAAGUUCUUCUCCCGGGUGUCGUACCUCACCAUCCACUACAGGAGCCAUUUGGAAGAGAAACCAUACGAGUGCACAGAAUGCGGGAAGACCUUCAAUCUCAACUCCGCUUUCAUUAGGCACCGGAAGGUGCACACGGAAGAGACGGCCCACGAGUGCAGCGACUGUGGCAAGUCCGGCCGGCUGCAGCGCCUCCCCGAGGGCACAGAUGACUUAGGAGAGUGCCACCUCGAGUGUGGCGAGUGUGGGAAAACCUUCCUCGAGAAUUCAGCCUUCAGCAGGCACCAGUCCGCCCCGGAAGGGGAAAAGACGUACGAAUGUAACAUCUGCGGGAAGUCCUUCUCUGACUUACCGUGCUACACCGUGCAUUACAGAGGGCACUCGGAGGAGAAGCCCUUCGGGUGUGCCGAGUGUGGGAAAACCUUUUCUCACAACUCGUCCCUCUUCAGACAUCAGCGGGUGCACACGGGCGAGAAGCCCUACGAGUGCCACGAAUGCGGCAAGUUCUUCUCCCAGAAGUCCUACCUCACCAUCCACCACCGGAUCCACUCGGGGGAGAAGCCCUACGAGUGCAGCAAGUGCGGGAAAGUCUUCUCGCGGAUGUCAAACCUCACCGUGCACUACCGAAGCCACUCGGGGGAGAAGCCGUACGAGUGCAACGAGUGCGGGAAAGUCUUCUCUCAGAAGUCGUACCUCACCGUGCACUACCGCACUCACUCAGGAGAGAAACCCUAUGAAUGUAACGAAUGUGGGAAAAAAUUCCAUCACAGAUCAGCCUUCAAUAGCCAUCAGAGAAUUCAUAAAAGAGGGACGGGAAAUGUACUCACCGUGGAAAAUCUCUGACGUCUCAAUCAAAACACAAAACAAGCCAUUGGUUAUAUAGUGAACGUUGGAAGUCCAGUAGGUAGUUUUUAUAUAUGUGGUGCUGGGAA